UUUGGAGCCUCCGGUGGGUAUAUAACGAGCGGCGACUCCCGUGCGAACCCCCCAUUUCCCUUUCAGCCAUGUCUGGGAGGGGGAAACAGGGAGGCAAAGCUCGAGCUAAAGCCAAAUCCCGUUCCUCCCGCGCCGGUCUUCAAUUCCCCGUUGGUCGCGUUCAUCGUUUACUUCGUAAAGGGAAUUACGCGGAGCGCGUUGGAGCCGGAGCUCCGGUUUACCUGGCAGCCGUUAUGGAGUAUUUAACGGCUGAGAUCUUGGAAUUAGCCGGGAACGCCGCUCGGGACAAUAAGAAAACGCGGAUUAUCCCCCGUCACCUUCAACUCGCCGUUCGAAACGACGAAGAGCUCAAUAAACUCCUCGGGGGAGUCACCAUCGCGCAAGGAGGGGUCCUUCCGAACAUCCAGGCCGUGCUGCUGCCCAAGAAGAGCGAAAGCCAUAAAGCGAAAGGGAAGUAAAAACCUCAAAAGUCCUUUUUUCCCCCCUUGUUUGGAAGCUGAAACGAAACAACGCAACACCAACAAAAAAAAGGCUCUUUUCAGAGCCACCCACAGCUUCAAGAAAAGGGCUGGAGGAGCAAAGCGAGGCUUAAGAAGCCUUUUAAGUCUUAAAUCCCCCCCCCCAGAAUAUUGAGUUCAGGGAAAAAAAAGCACCGACGCCCUCAAAUAGACCCCCAAAAAGGCGAAGUCCUAAUUAAAAGGCUGAAAUUAAGAUGGGUUAUAACAAAAGGAGGGACCUCUGAGCAGCGCUCUGCCAGGAGUCCCCCUGAGCCUCGCUAAUUAAACAGCACAACGUUAAUGAGUGGUAAUUAAAGGCAUCUCCGAAGAAAGGGGGGGGUUGAGAGCUCCAGGAGGCUCCAAAGUAUCACCUCUGAUUGGUCCAUAGGGGGAAAUGGCCUCAACCAAUGGCCAAACGGCCCUUUGAAUCCCCGCGGUUCGUUAGGGAAACGUUGAAGGGUGGGGGGGGAAAGGUGGAAAAAGGCAAUCAUGGAAUGGUUUGGGAUGGAAGGGAGACCUCAAAAGCUCAGCCGGUUCCAAACCUUUGGCUGCCAUGAGCAGGGACACCUCCCACUGGGAUCAGGUUGUUCUUUAAGCUCCAUCCAACCUGGCCUUAAACCUUUCCAGGGAUGGAGCAGCCACCACUGCUCUGGAAAACCUCUUCCAGGGCCUCCUCACCCUCCCAUAAGGACAUUCCUUCCCUAAGAUCUCACCUCAAUGUCUCCUCUUUCAACUCAAAACCCUUCCCUCUCAUCCUAUCCCCGCACUCCCUGAUCAAAAACCCCCUCUGCAGCUUUCUUGGGAGCCCCUUUCAACCCUGGAAGGUGCUCUAAGAUCUCCUCAGAGCCUUUUCCAGGCUGAACAACCUCAACUCCCUCAGUUUUGGCUUUAUUUUGGUCGCUCCAACCUUCGUGUCAUCUUCACGGCGAGAUUCUAGAGAAGGAAAACAGCUCUGUAUCCUUCUUGCGUUGAGUGGAAGUGCCAUUCCCCACCCAAACGCAGCCCAAGCGUUUACGAACAGAACCACUUAGAUUAAAUAUUAGGUGUUUCACAACGUUACUGCGUUUUAACCAUCUAAAAUCACUUAUUUACGUAGGAAAAAUAUAAUAGAAAAUAACGUUAAUCCUUAAA